AUGAAGAUGCUUUGUAUUUUCCUGACCUUUGUCUUCACUGUAUCUUGUGGUCCAUCAGUUUCACAGAAAAGAACAAGAGAAAAAACAAGUGAAAUUGUACAGAGGAAAAGAGAAUGUACUCUUGUUCGUGGUGCUUGCAAGACGUCAUGUAACACUUGGGAAUAUGUAUAUAAUUAUUGCAGUGUUGAGCCCUGCUGUGUUAUACGGAAAUACGUAAAGCCAACUGCUAAAUACAACACAAUUAAAGCUUAUAAAGAUGUAAAUUCUAUUUCUACCAUGCUAUACAACACUACAGUGUACUAA